AUGCCCGCCGCCUCGACGGGCUCACUUCCUCGUGCCGGGAGUCGAAGCCGUUUCGUCCGCCGGUUCAAGCGAGGAGCGCGCGAAGUGAAGGGGAUUCUGAUCAAGCAUGUCGAGUCGCUUCUCGGCGGCGAGAGCGUGAGCAGGUGUCGGGAGAGGGCUGAUGAGCUCGAGAGGGGAAUUAGAAGGAAGGCAAGUCUGCUUAGCAGGCCGAAGAGGAUCAAUGUUGCGAGGGAGAUUAAGGACAAUAAGGAGAGGUUGGAGGCGGAGUUGGCCACCAUUAAUGGGAAAUUGGGGGAGUUUAAGGUUGCCAUGGAGAGUAUUUUGAGUUACCUUAAGGAGGGAAAAGAUGGGGUUUCGGAAACCGGGGAGUUUGAUUUGUUCAAGUUUGGAAGGGAUAUGGACUUGAGAUGCUUGGUCAGGAUUCACUCGAUAGUGGUGAGGGAGUGCCGGAGGCUUACUGAUGGACUUCCCAUCUAUUCUUGCCGCAGGGAGCUACUGCAAACCAUGUUUUUCAAUCAGGUUACUGUUGUGAUUGGGAAUACUGGUUCCGGGAAGAGCACACAAUUGGUGCAGUACAUUGCUGAUUCUGGCUUAGCUUCUACUGAAUCAGUAGUUUGCACGCAGCCUCGCAAAAUUGCUGCCAUUUCUGUAGCACAAAGAGUUGUAGAGGAAUGUAUUGGAUGCUAUGAUGAUGACAACUUUAUUGUUUCUUGUCCUUCAUAUUCAUCUUCUCCAGAAUUCAAGUCAAGGAUUGUAUUUAUGACGGAUCACUGUCUCUUGCAACAUUACAUGGGGAAAAGGAGUUUUAAAGGGAUUUCUUAUAUCAUCAUAGAUGAAGCUCAUGAAAGAAGCUUGAACACUGAUCUUUUGUUGGCAUUAAUUAAGAAAGAAUUGCGCCAGAGUGAUUUAAGGGUUAUAAUAAUGUCUGCUACCGCUAAUGCAAGCAAGCUUGCAGAUUAUUUUUAUGGUUGUCCUUCCAUAUAUGUGAAGGGGAGGAACUUCCCCGUCAGCAUCGAAUAUGUUCCUAAUGUAUCUGUGAAGGCUUCUUGGUCUAGAGUUCCUAAGCUAUUACCUGAUAAGUGCGCUUCAUAUGUGUCUGAUGUUAUAAUGAUGGUGACCGUGAUUCAUAAAACUGAAGAAGGUGGUGCAAUUCUCGCUUUUUUGACCUCUCAAAUGGAGGUAGAAUGGGCUUGUGAGACUUUCAGUGAUCCCUCAGCGGUUGUCUUACCGAUGCAUGGGAAACUUUCUCAUGAAGAUCAGAAUCGAGUCAUGCAAAGUUACCCAGGAAAAAGAAAAGUUAUAUUCGCCACAAAUGUGGCAGAGACUUCUCUCACUAUUCAAGAUGUUAGGUAUGUGGUUGAUUCUGGCAUGGUUAAGGAUAGCAGGUUUGAGCCCUCCACUGGCAUGAAUGUACUCAAGGUUGGCAGGAUCAGCCAAAGUUCUGCCAAUCAACGAACAGGCCGAGCAGGUCGAACAGGUCCGGGCAAGUGCUAUAGGUUGUACUCUGAAUGUGAUUUCCUAUCUAUGAGCAUGCAUCAAGAGCCUGAAAUUCGUAAAGUGCAUCUUGGAAUUGCUGUUCUGAGGAUUCUUUCUCUCGGGAUAAAUAACGUUCAAGACUUUGAUUUUGUUGAUGCUCCCGAACCUAAAGCACUUCAAAAGGCUUUGCAGAACCUGGCACAGCUAGGUGCUAUUGUGAUGAAAAAUGAUAUUUUUGAAAUUACCUCUACUGGUUCUCGGUUGGUCAAGUUGGACAUUGAACCACGUCUUGGGAAGAUUAUUCUCGAUUGUUUUGGCUGUGGCCUUAAAAAAGAAGGGCUCGUGCUUGCUGCUGUUAUGGCAAACUCUAGCAGUAUAUUCUGUAGAGUUGGCAGUGAGAAUGAUAAGCAUAAAGCAGACUGCCGUAAGCUGCCAUUCUGCCAUCGUGAUGGCGACCUUUUCACCCUUCUCUCAGUUUACAAGGAAUGGGAGGAAGUGCAAGAAAGUAGAAGCAAGUGGUGUUGGCAGAAUAGCAUCAAUGCGAUAUCUAUGAGAAGAUGUCAGGACACUGUCAUGGAGUUGGAAAAAUGUCUGCGUUGUGAACUCAACGCUAUCAUUCCCUCUUACUGGUGUUGGCAUCCUAAUAGACCUACUGAAUAUGACAGAUUGUUGAAGAAAAUUGUACUCUCAUCUCUUGUGGAGAAUGUUGCCAUGUUCUCAGGGUCUGAGCAGCUUGGUUAUGAAGUGGCUUUAUCCGGGCAACGACUGCAACUUCAUCCUUCCUGCUCAUUGCUAGUAUACGGACAGAAGCCAGAUUGGGUGGUUUUUGGUGAAGUUCUAUCAGUUGACAAUAAAUAUCUGGUUUGUGUAAAUUCUGUGGACUAUAAAGACUUGUUAAAUAUUGAGCAUCCUUUAUUUGAUGUCACACAGUUGGAGAAGCGGAAGAUGAGUUCGAAAGUGAUGGCUGUAGUUGGCAAUAAUCUUUUGAAGAGGUUUUGUGGCAAAUCUAAUUCCAACCUACGAAGUAUUAUUUCACAUGUUAAAGAAGAAUGCAGAGAUGACAAUAUCAGUAUCAAUGUUGACAUCGGUAGAAGUGAAAUUCAGAUAUUUGCUACUGCAAAGGAUAUGGAGAAGGUUUCAGCCAUUGUUACUGAUUACCUGGAGAGUGAAAAAAGAUGGUUGAGAGAUGAGUGCAUUGAAAAAAACUUAUUCCAUAGUGGGCAUAGAACUCCUCCGACGGUGGCUUUAUUUGGUCUUGGUGCUGGAAUUAAGCAUUUGGAACUCAAGAAAAGGUAUCUUACUGUGGAAAUAUUUCAUCCAACUGCAUCUGAUUUAAAUGACAAGAAACUUUUGAUGCUGGUUGAACGAUACGCUCCUGGAGUAGCUUGCUUUUCCAAACCUUCAGGAUCAGAAAGCACAGGCUCAAAUAAGUGGGGCAACAUAACAUUCCUUACUCCUGAAUCUGCUGAGAACGCUGCAGCUAAAUUGAAUGAGGUUGAGUUUUGUGGCUCCUUGUUGAAGGUACUUCCAAUGAGAGCAGGGAAUCACAAAACAUUACCAUGCUCUGCAGUAAGAGCCAAAGUUUGCUGGCCACGUAGACGCAGUAGGGGACUUGCAUAUGUCCUAUGUGCAGAGGAGGAUGCUGAAAUCAUUGUUAAUGAAUGUCGUGCCUUGGCAACUGGGGGAAAAUCUUUGAGUGUUGAGGUUGGCAAAUUCAGAGGUUGUGUGUUUGUAGCAGGGAUUCCAAAAGAUGUAUCAGAAUCAGAAAUAUAUGAGGAAUUUGUAAGCUCGUCGACUAGGAGAAUUCUCGGAGUUAAACUGUUGAAAUAUGAGGCAGUCACAGGUGCCCCAGAAGCAACUUGUGCUGAAGCACUUAGAAGAGAAAUUGCUCCGUUCAUGCCUGACAGGCAUUGCACAAAUCAACUUUUCCAGAUUGAAGUGUUUAGUCCUGAACCGAAAGAUCAUGCUGUCAAAGCUAUGCUAACUUUUAAUGGGAAUCUACAUCUGGAGGCAGCAAAAGCUUUGGAGCAUCUCCAAGGGAAAGUAUUACCUGGCUGUGAGUCAUGGCAGAAGAUACAGUGUCAACAUGUGUUUUAUAGCUAUGUUUAUUGCCCUGCUCGUAUAUAUGCUGUUAUCAGGGAGGAGCUUAAUACUUUACUUAAGAACUUCAAGCGUAUAACAGGUGUGAUCUGUACGGUGGAGAAGACCCCCACUAAUACCUACAGGGUGAAGAUCUCUGCCAAUGCUACAAAAACUGUUGCAGAUAUGAGGAAACCUCUUGAACAACUAACGAGAGGCAAGAUUGUAACCCAUCCUGGUUUGACCCCUACUGUUCUCCUUUUCCUCGUCACCCGUGAAGGCAUCGAACUGCUCCGAUCAAUAGAACGAGACACCAGUACCUACAUCCUGUAUGACCGUCAGAAUCUCAAUGUUAGAAUCUUUGGCUCACCGAGCUCAAUCACCAAUGCAGAGGGCACACUGGUCAAAUCACUGCUAGCACAUCACGAAAACAAACCUCUGGAGAUUCGCCUUCGAGGCCAUAACCUUCCCACAAAUCUUAUGAAAAAUAUAGUCCAGAGGUUUGGUGCAGAUCUCAUGCGUCUCAAAGAGAAAGCUCCCGGAGUGGAACUAAGCCUCAACACUCGCCGCCACAUUCUUUAUGUGAGAGGGAGCAAGGAACUGAAGCAGAGGAUUGAAGAGAUUGUCUCAGAAGUAGCUCCAUCUCUUGGAGUUUCAUCUCCACCUGAUGCAUUGCUAUCAUCUCUAUCUUCAGAAUGCCCGAUUUGUUUAUGUGAGAUUGACGAGCCUUAUAAGCUCGAAAGUUGCGGUCAUGCCUUCUGUCACUCGUGCCUUGUAGACCAGUGUGAAUCUCUUGCUCGCUCACGUGAAGGCUUCCCUCUUCGCUGCACUAAGGCUAAUUGCAAUGAGCCUUUCCUGCUUGUCGAUCUCAAAUCCUUGCUACCAACCAAUAAAUUAGAAGAUCUCUUUCGGGCCUCACUGGGGGCCUUUGUCGCCUCAAGUAACGGGCGUUAUCGAUUUUGCCCCUCUCCUGACUGUCCAUCUAUAUACCAAGUCGCCGACGAGGAUGAACAACCUGAUGCUCUAUUUGUAUGUGGAGCUUGCUCGGCUGAGACUUGCACUCGGUGUCACUUGGAGUAUCAUCCUUUUAUUUCUUGUGAGCGAUACAAGGAGUUUAAGGAUGAGCCAGAUAAGUCUUUGAUGGAAUGGAGAAAGGGGAAAAUGCAUGUGAGGGAUUGCCCAGCUUGUGGGCAUACUAUAGAGAAGGUUGAAGGGUGCAAUCAUAUCGAGUGCAGAUGUGGGAAGCAUAUUUGCUGGGUUUGCUUGGGUGGGUUUAAUACUAGUGAUGAUUGUUAUUCUCAUCUCAGGGCUGAGAACCAUGUUUAACUGAUGUAUACGGGGUCCGCUGGCUGGUGUACAUGUGUAUAUAUGUACAUAAUAUGUGGAGAAAGACCUUUGGAUGAUAUGGUAGCAGAAUAAUCUUUUUUUUAUAUACUGUUACAUAGUGGGGAUUGAGGUUA